AAGAGCAAACGACCAAACCCGACACCCACAACUCACUUUCCUCGCCAAAAUUCUUUCCCCCUCUCCUCCCCCUCUCCACAGCACCGCUCAUGGCUCCUCCCAAGAGUACUGAACCACCACUAUCGCCAACUCAUUGCUAUGCUCAAAUACCAUGUCAGCAUGAAGAAGGGUGUGUUGUGUUACCUUUUCACCGCCACCCCACCACUCCGUUCUGCCGCCGAUGGCCAAUGAUAACUACCGUGUUCCUCCUCCUCCUCCUCCUUUCAGCACUUGUCUAUGUUUUUUGGCCGUCCGAUCCCAUGAUCAAGGUCGUAGGGCUGCGCCUAGACAAGAUACGCAUACACACCUUGCCCAUAAUUAAUAUUGAUCUAUCUUUGUAUGUUACUUUAAGAGUACGCAACGUCGAUGUGUAUUCCAUGGAUUUUAGAAGCCUUGAUGUUGCUGUAAGGUACAAAGGGAAGAGACUGGGUCACGUGAGAUCCGAUCAUGGACACGUGAGGGCACUAGGAUCAUCCUACGUGGAUGCUGAAAUAGAUUUAAGGGGGAUCAGUGUUUUGUCCGGCGUGGUGUCCUUGCUUGAGGACUUGGGUAGGGGUACGGUCCCGUUUGAUACUGUCACUGAGGUUUCAGGCAAGCUUGGUUUGUUGUUCUUCGGGUUCCCUUUGAAGGCAAGAGUGUCCUGUGAAGUUCUGGUAAAUACACACAAUCAGACAAUUGUUCGUCAAACUUGUUACCCUGAGAGAUGAACUUGAAGCGCUUGCGGGCGCCGCUGCUGCAGCAUAAGCUAAAAGAUUCGUUGGGUGCACUUUUAAGACUCUCCAUGCACAGGAAAGCUAGAGCAAGUGGAAUUUUAUGCACACAUCAGAUGUGAUAACUAUGAGCAUGCACUGUUUCUCUCUUGCCAGUAUGUAUUUUUACCUUGAGAAUCAUUCAUUGGGCCACAUAAUAUAUGUAUAUACUAGAUAGGGUCCCCGCCGCGGGCUUCUUUAUUUUUUUUUUUUAAUGAAAUGGGAAAAAAAUGUAUUUUAACACGAAAGUCUUUGAGUGUGCAUGAAUCGAUCAUAGGUAAACUGCUAUUGAAGGUAAAAGUCAGUAAAUUUUGCUUUCAAGUUUUGAGAGGCUGUCUACAUGGCUUGUAUACAAACAUCAAAAACAGGAUGGAAGAGCAAAAAAGCUAUGCCUGGGUUUUCUGCAACAAAGGGCCUUGUCGUUGAUAUCAGCAAGUCCAAAGCCAUGAAGAAAGCAAAAUGUAGUAGUAUGGCAAGUAGUAGUGGAAAUUGGAGCAUAGUAACUAUGCAUGGUUUAGCAGCCAAUACAAAAUAAAUUUAAGACUUGUGCAUGAAGGUCUCGAAUGCAAGAGAUGCUGGAAAGCAAGUAAACCUGCAAUCACAGAACAAUGAAAAGAGACAUUAGAACAGCAUAUAUAGGCACUGACAGUAGAAAAAGUUUUCUGGGAAGGUUGCUUGAUCAUUGCAAAGAAAGAAGUAUGUAAAUUGAGUUAGAGGUUCAGCAAUAAGGUCCUUACGCUCAGCACAGCAAGUUUUCUGGGAGGCUCGCUGCCUUUUUGUGUGAGGAGAAGCAUCUUGAGUAUCUGGAGCCGAAUCUUGGAUCUCAAGCUCAUCAUCAACACCUGGAUUAUUGGCGUAGGAUGAACCAACAUGGCUGUGCGAAAGUAAACUGGAACAUUGAAGAGAAAAAAACAUACAGUGAUGAACAAAAAACAGAGAACUUGUAUGCUUGUCAUGCAUGUAAUAAAACAAAAGCAGAUAACAUUAAAGAAAUGAAAACAAAAUGUGUCAAUAAAGCUUGGAUCUAGUGUGUAAA